AUGCGGGCCAAGCUGCAGGGCGUCCGGAGCGGCUGCGUGUCGCUGGGAGCCGUGCGCCAGGCGCUCGAGGAGGCCCGGCAGCAGCAGCUCAUGGACGAGCACCGGCGGCUCGACCAGGACGAGCUCCGCGCCGAGGCCUUCACGGCCCAGGACGAGGCCAGCAGGAUCAAGGCCGCCACGAAGUCGAUGCUGGAGAAAGUGAAGGUGGGCGAGGAUCGCCGGCUUACGGCCUGUUGCACGCCGGCGAGCGCCUGCAAGGACGUGUGCACGCCGUGCGAAGAAGGGGCCAAGGAAUUGAUGGAGCCUUGCAAUGACGGGGCCAACAACGUGAUACGAGGAGGCAAGAGGCGCAACAAGGGCGACAAGAAGGAUCAUAACACUCAGGUGUAG